AUGAAACCAAAUCACACAUUAAAAUCUAUAUGCCACAUUGAAAUAAGACCAUUUUUUGUUAAUAUACCUACUCCGUCAACCGUUACCACGCAAAACGUUAAUUUUUCUUCGUUAUUGGCGCAGCAACUAUACCAUACAGAAGAAUACAGUCGAAAUCUUCAGAUUUUACGUUGCCAUCAUAAACAACUGCCAUGGCUGACGGGGGGAGGAGGGUCGGGAAUUCCGACUUCUCGUCUAAAUAACAAGAAAACUUUUGAACAUAAAAUGUCCAAGAAGGUUGCAGAGCUCACACAAGUUGUACAUAUGUUGUUUUCUCGCAAUCACGAGAGAGAAGUGGAGUUGGAAUCGACAAAAGAAGCCUAUGAGCAAGAGAUUGCCAACGUUAUCGCGGACGCGAAGAAACGGAUCGAAGCGCUUGAACAGGACUUGGAAGGAGCGAAAAGAAAGACACAAACACAAGCCGCGGCCAUUCAGCAGGACUUUCAAAAAAAGUUAAAUGAACAAAAGCAAGAGAGCGAGAAGCAGUUGCUUGAAAUCCGGCGGAAGGAUGGGACACAUUUAAAGGAGAUUGCAAGUCUCAAAGAAGAUAUUGUCAAGUUACAAAAGGAAUUGGAGAUCAGCAAAGAGGAGGCAGUGAAGGCAAAGUUAAUGACCAAAAUGGAGCAAUCUAAUAAAAAAUGCCAUGAUCAAUCGUCGGCAUUAAGGGAGCCUUCAUCAGGAGUUGAUGUUGUUGACCUUGAAGUAACUUCUCCCCGAACGAAUGGAUCACCCGAUCCUGUAGACCUUGUUCGGCUCAAAGAAGAAUUGAAGGUCAAGGAAAUAGAAAAUGAAAACUUGAAACACAUGGUGGCAAUGAAUGUUCAAACACAGAGAGAAAGUGACAAGGCAAUCGCCCAGUUUAAAAAGGAUUUAGAAAAGACUGAAGGAGAGUUGAGGUUAAGAAUUUCAAAACUUAUUGAUGAUGCAACUCAAGCAAAUAAAGCCAAGGAGAUGGCACAGAAGAAGAGUAAGAUGCUGGAAACGGACAUCAGACAUCUCAAAACCAGAUUACAGGAGAAAAAGAAGGAAGCGUCAUCUAAUCAUGAACAGAAACAAAGGCGGAGCACUGAAUCGACCUCAACUAGACCUGGUUCAAGAUCAUCUAAAAGCCUCUCUGAAGUUUCUUUAAGUGAUUCUCAAGAAGAAAUUGAAAGGCUGCGGAAGGAGAUCAAAUGGUACCGUAUGGAACUUAGUAACAGGGAAGGAAAUUUCAAUCGCAUGUUUGCAGACUCAAAUCCAAUUCGACUGGGAGGAAUGACAGUAGCAGGACCAAAUCUUGGAAUGGCUAGACCUAGACCUGACCAAUCGGUUCUGUCACCCUCGGGAUCCCUAUCGUCUCGUUCUGAUGAUGGUUCCCACAAAUCCCGGUCACUGCCGAACCGAUUACCAACCCUGGGCAUGGACGGGAGACAGAGGGAUCGUACCAAGCCAGGACACAACUCAAAAGGGGCAGGAGUCAUGGGGACAUCACCAUCGGUCAGGGAGAAGGCUUCGGUCCGCAGUAUAAGUGGAUAUAGCUGAUUGAAAAUUGAAGUGAAGACUAAGUUGAUAUUUUUUCUUUGAUCAGGAAAAGUUUUGGUAGGCCGACAUUUUGUGAAUGACUUCUCUUUUUUUUUUUUUACUUAUAUUGAUUUCUAGCAAAUUUGUUUUCAAGUGAAGUAAAAUGAAUGUCUUGUACUUUUGAGAGGUGCAAUUAAUAUAUCUUGCUCUCACAAGACUCAUUUUGCCCUUUGCAUGGAGAUAUUGAUGUAGCAAUAUUAAACUAGGUCUGACCUUGGGCCUUGUGAGGUAUCUCCUUUUAGGCCAGUCAACUUUUACCCUUUUCAUAAACCCAUCCUCCAAUUAGCCGCCUAAGAUUAAUGCGGAUAAUUCAAUAAAAAUUGUG